AUGAUCCACCACAAGACCGUCCGAAGACGCAUCAAAGCGACACCAGCUAAGGGUGCUGGGGCGGGACCAUCUAAACGCCAGAAGCAGACGAGCGGGGGAAGCAAGAAGGGAACGGGUUCUCGUGCGCGGCUGGACAACAACAAGAAGCUCGAGUUUCUGAAGAUGCUGGAUCAGAAGGUGUCUCACGCACAGAUUGCAGACCGCUUCAAGUGCUCGCUUCGGUUUAUUGGGACCGUGAAGGCUGGCCGGCAGAAGGUGGAGACAGCAACUGCUGCAGGCUGCGGCAGCCAGAAAACUGCACGAAAAGAAGAUUUUCCGGAGGGUACGCUUCGUCCGCCUGCCCGCGCCGCGCAGUGUAGGGCAACCCUGCUGGCUGACACCGCAACUUCUGCAGCAGUGAGGGAGAGGGUGGAGGACUUCAAGGCCGGCCAGAGGUGGGCGAAGAACUUCGUGAAGCGCAACAAGAUCCAGAGCGUGAGACUUCAUGGCGAGGCUGGUAGCGUCGACAAGGAGGCCAUCAAGGAGGGCAUGGGGGAAAUCAGGGCCCUUUGCGAGAAGUACCCGGCUAGGUUCAUCUUCAACGUCGACGAGACAGGCCUCCAGUGGAAGCUCAUGCCCAAGCGCACGUACCUUUCCACCUCGGAGAAUCGGAAGACGGCGCGGGGCUCAAAGAGCAUGCACUUGAAGGACCGACUUGCUGCCAUCAUGUGCUGCAAUGCCGACGGCACUGCGAAGGUUGACAUGGCCAUCAUCGGGAGGGCUAAGGAACCCCGCUGCUUCAAGAACGGGGGUUCACCUCUCCAAGUACUACUCGCAGACAACGCGGGGUCCGACUCCGCGACGUUCCUCAAGUGGUGGCUUGAAGUCUUCCUCCCGUUCGUUCGGCGCUUCACUCACGAACCUGUGCUGCUGCUGAUGGACGGCUGUUCGUCUCACAGUGAUCUAGUGGAUGAUCGCGGGCAAGUUACCGUCAAGACCUACCCUCCGCUGUGCACCGCCGUACACCAACCCAUGGAUUUGGGGGUCAUCGCCAAGACGAAGGUCAACUACAGGAAGGAGCUGCUCGAUGUGAAGACAUCAACCAUGUUGGUGGCUGACACACUUCGCGCCCAGGCCAAAGCCCGCAAGAUGAAGGCCGGGACAAUGGGGCUAGCGCAAGGGCACCAACCUCACGUGCGGGACGCCGCUGAACUUCUCCAGAAAGCAUGGGCCAGCGUCACCGCCCAAGACAUCGCCAGGUGCUUUGUCAAAGCCGAGACGCUUCCGGAGGAGAUGGCAGCUGAGCUCACCAAGCAACACAGAAAUACCCGGUUCAACGUCGCCGAGCCUGACCUGAAGGUUCUCGCAGAGACUGUCAACACGGUGAGCACGAGCGUGCAGGACGCGCAGAAGCAGGGAUCCCGCGUCGUGGACGAGGAGAUCAGCGAACUGUUGGCAGAACUCAACAUCGAACCCGGAAAGCCGGUCGCGGGGGAAGCGGUGGCCGCGAUUCAGGGCUGGGCUACCAUCGAGGACGAGGAGGAGGUGGUAGAGGCUCUUCGAUUGGACGCGGUGGAAGACAUGACAGCGCUGCUGGCUGGAACGAACUUGUCUACCGGCGGCGACGACGAGGAGGAAGGACAGGACCAGGGCGGCGGCGGUGAGAACAUGGGGCGCGAGCGCCGUGCCCCACGUGCACCACCGGGUUAUGAAGAACUGUCGCUGCACUUCGGCGCCCUGGCAGUGGCAGCAGAGGACAGUGGCAACGGAGACGCGGCGUUCUACCCAACGAAAGCGAAGAUGUCGAUGAUCGCAGCGCAUUCCGCUAGGCGGGUGCGCCAGACAGACAUUAGAGGAUUUGUCGCGACGUAGAGUUCAUGGUUGUUUCUUUUUCUUGCAAUUCGCUUCCUGUCGUGUACUUGUAGCUUUUAUUUUUGUUUAUUGGAACAUCGAAGCGGGUACGCCAGGCAGACACUCCAGUGUCUGCGACGUAGUUUGGGGGGGAGAUACAACUGUAGUGCAGUAGUAUUGAUUUUUGGUUUCUUGCAGUGCGCUUCCUGUCGUGUUUCUCUUUCUGUUUUGUCUUUUGUAUCUUGCAACAUCGAAGGAGGGGCUCUAGGGNAAUUCGCUUCCUGUCGUGUACUUGUAGCUUUUAUUUUUGUUUAUUGGAACAUCGAAGCGGGUACGCCAGGCAGACACUCCAGUGUCUGCGACGUAGUUUGGGGGGGAGAUACAACUGUAGUGCAGUAGUAUUGAUUUUUGGUUUCUUGCAGUGCGCUUCCUGUCGUGUUUCUCUUUCUGUUUUGUCUUUUGUAUCUUGCAACAUCGAAGGAGGGGCUCUAGGGCUGAGAUAUAGCUACGUACACUCUGUACGAACGGGAGCUUUAC